AUUUUUCAUAGUACUACUUUUUUUAUAUUUUUGUAGUAUUUGACUAUUUCAUUUCAUAAUCUUCGUUUAAAUUUGUGACAGUUUAUGAAGUUUUAUCUAUUAGUGGCUUUACAAAGGUCCUAGCUACUACUUCGUCUACAAAAGUUCUUCCAUCGUCAUUGAAGUGUUUGAUACAGCACUUUGCAUUGUCCAUAACCAUAGAUUUUUGUGAAAAAUAUUGUUUGCGAGCAUCUCUUGGCACAUCCAUGAAAUCAGUUUUUUUCCACACAAAAAACAACACAUCGAUUUUUCUUUAUUUUUGUACUUAUAUUAUUUCACAACUUUUUAAAAAUUAGAGUGUGUCUCCGCGUCCGAUAUCGCGUACGCGAAAAAAAAUGUAGCGUACGCGAGAAAAUUUUAGCGUACGCGAAAACCACAGACAAUUUUCCGGAAAUUUUUUCGCGUACGCUACUAAUCAACCUUUCGCGUGCGCUAAAUCUGUCGCGCAUGCUAGAAAAUCAACUUUUCGCGUACGCUAGAAUAGUAUACUAUACCACGGGAGCCGAAAAUUGCAAUUAAAGUUUGCAUUUUGAGGUUAGAGUGGUAUAAAUGAACUUUUUUUUUUUUAGCAAUUCUUUCGCGUGCGCUAAAGUGCUCCAAAUUUUCUUGUAAGAAGCGAACGGAGUACUUGUAUGAGAGAUGGAGCGGGAGAUUUUCGCAUACGCUAGAGUUUUUCUUGUUUAGGCAAUUCUUUCGCGUACGCUAAAGUGCUCUACAUUUCCUAUAUAUAAAAGAAGCAACAAGAGUGACUUAUGAAGGAUGAAUGAAACAUCUCUAUGUAUAAGUACUCCGUUUGCUUCUUAUAAGAAAAUUUGGAGCACUUUAGCGUACGCGAAAGAAUUGCUCUUAAAAAUACUAACGUGCCUGAAAAGUUUAUAUCUAGCGUGCGCGAUCGCGUACGCGAAAGGUUGAUUUUUCUAGCGUGCGCGACAGAUUUAGCGCACACGAAAGGUUGAUUAGUAGCGCACGCGAAAUUUUCCCGGAAAAUUUGUUAGUUGAUUUCGCACACGCUACAAAGUUUUCGCGCACGCUAAAUUACAUUUCGCGUACGCGAUAUCGACCGCGGAGACACACUCUAAAAAUUAUCAUUUAUGUGUUAUAUAUACACAUAUAUAAGGAGUAAAAACCAAAUGUCUUGUAAACUCAAAAUCGUACAAUAUAAAGACUUUCAUUGAUUGAAUAUUGCUGAAUAAGUUAUACUUUCUUGUAUAUAUCUACUUUAAAUUUUUGUUUCAAUAAUUUUGGUACUUACAUCAUAUAUUCUACAUUUUAAUUUAUUGUAAAAUAAACUAUUUUACUACUAACCUCUAAAGUUUGGCAGAAUUGAAGUAAUCCGAUCUGAAUUCGUGUAUCACAGAUACACUGCAUUGGAAUAUAACUUGUAGAUAGCAAUAAAACUAAUCUCAUAACAAUGUAUAUGAAUCGAGCAAGAGAUUACACAAACAUAAAGCUUAUUGGCAGAAAAUGUCAUAAUAUCUAUCAUAAUCAUCGUUUGAAUGAUUUUCCUUUGACUUUUCAGUCAAAAGAUGUUGAAAAAGGAUGGUAUGAGGUUUGGGAAAGGAAUAAGUAUUUUCAACCAAAUGACAAGAAAGAAAAAAGUUAUAGAAUGAUCUUGCCUCCACCUAAUGUUACAGGCACAUUGCAUCUUGGUCACGCUUUGACUACAACAGUUCAAGAUGUCUUAGCCCGGUGGCAUCGAAUGAGAGGCUAUUCAGUACUUUGGGUACCAGGCUUAGAUCAUGCUGGUAUAGCAACACAAGCUGUUGUUGAAAAGUAUUUAUAUAAGACCAAAGGAUUAAAGAGAACCGAUAUGAGCAAGAAUGAAUUUUUAGACCUUCUGAAUCAAUGGAAAGAAAAGAAAAGCAGUACAAUAGAGAAUCAGUUAAAGACUUUGGGGGCAAGUUUAGAUUGGUCAAGAGAAUAUUUUACCAUGAGCAAGCAUCACAGUCAAGCUGUCACUGAAGCAUUAAUCAUGCUGGAUCAGCGAAAUCUGUUAUAUCGAGAUAAAAGCUUAGUUAACUGGUCUACUGCAUUAGGGAGUGCUUUAUCUGAUAUAGAAGUAGAAUUUGAGAAGAUCACUACAAAAACAGAUCUUGAAAUACCUGGUUAUGACAGAAAAGUAACCUUUGGUCAAAUCUAUGAAAUUUCAUAUGACCUAAGAAAUUCAAGUGAAACAUUAAAAGUAGCAACAACAAGGCCAGAAACUCUAUUGGGAGAUGUAGCUCUUGCUGUUCAUCCAGAUGAUGAUCGUUAUAGUCAGUUCAUUGGACAACAAGUAAAACACCCUCUAAAAGAUUCUUAUUUACCUGUCAUAGCUGAUGCAAGUGUAAAAAUGGAUUUUGGUACAGGAAUUGUGAAAAUAACUCCUGCUCAUGAUCAUUUUGAUUACACCAUAGCUAAAAAGCAUAACUUAAAAAUUAUCGAUAUUAUAAAUGAGGAUGGAAAAUUGAAUGAUGCUGCUGGACAUUAUAAGGGUUUUCCAAGAUUUAUUGCCAGGAAAAAAAUCUUGGCAGAUUUAGCAAACUUGGGAUCUCUGGCAUCAGUAAAGGAUCAUGAAAUGGAAAUUCCAAGAUGCUCGCGGACUGGAGAUAUUAUUGAAUUAUUACUAAAAGAACAAUGGUUUAUCAGAUGUAAAGACAUGGCUGCAAGAGCUUUACAAGCUGUUGAAAACGAAUCAUUAAAAUUUGAUCCACCAUUUCAUAAUAAAACGUGGUUUGAUUGGCUUACAACUUCUAGCGUAAGAGAUUGGUGUGUUUCGAGACAAUUAUGGUGGGGUCACCAAAUUCCAGCUUACCAUUGUAAAGUGAAUAAUGAAAUAAAGUGGAUAAUCGCCAGAUCAAAAAUAGAAGCAUUGCAAAUAGCUAUAAAAAAAUAUGGAGAUGAUGUUAAGGUGGAGCAAGAUAAUGAUGUACUUGACACAUGGUUUUCUUCAGCAUUACUGCCAUUUUCUUCAUUGGGUUGGCCAACAAAAGCCACAGAUUUUCAAAAAUAUUAUCCAUUGAGCUUAAUGGAAACUGGACAUGACAUUUUAUUUUUUUGGGUUGCCAGAAUGGUUAUGCUAGGGCUUGAAUUAACUAAUGAACUUCCGUUUAAAGAAGUUUUGUUGCAUGGAGUUUUAUGUGAUGCUCAAGGAAAGAAAAUGUCCAAAAGUCGGGGUAAUGUUAUUUACCCAGAGAACGUUGUAGAUGGAAUUUCCUUAGAAAACUUGAAUGAACAAGCCAAAAAGAGUUUUGAGGAUGGUAUACUUAGUCAGGCUGAAAUAAAAAGAACACUGGCUAUUAAUACAAAGAUGUUUCCAAAUGGCGUUCCUGAGUGUGGAGUUGAUGCUCUUCGUUAUACAUUAUGUUCGCACAACAUCAAGGAACGCACAGUGUCUUUUAAUAUUAUUGAAUGUCAACAAAACAAAUUUUUCUGUAAUAAAAUAUGGCAAGCCAGCAGAUAUGUUGUACUCAUGACCAGUGAUGAUCCUAUUGAAAUACCAAAAAAUUUCGCCAUAAUUGAUCAGUGGAUACUGAGUCGAUUAGGAUGGAUGGUAGAGACUGUAAACAAUGCAUUUGAUCAAAAAAAUUUCUAUAAGGCAGUAAAUGCUAUUAAAGAAUUCAUAUAUUAUGAGUUUUGUGAUUAUUAUAUGGAAGGAACAAAACCAGGAUUUAAGAGUGAGCAACAAGAUAUUAUUAUUAGUCAUAGAUAUACACUAGCAAAAUGCCUAGAAGUAUCUCUGAGAAUAUUGGCGCCGAUUACUCCAUAUCUAAGUGAUGAGUUGUACUCUAAACUAUCUGAAAAAUUGUCUAUAUUCGAAUUCAAUAAUUCAUUGCUGGAGAGUACUUAUCCUACUAAAGAAGAGUUUGUAAACCUUCGCGAUCAUGACUUGGAGACUAAGAUGCAUGAUGUUAUUAAAGUAAUUUUAUCUAUAAGAACUUUAUUGGCAAAUGUGAGCAAAAAAGAUAAUGUGGAAGGUUUCAUUGUUGUAAAUAAUUCUGGUGAUUUAAAACUAUAUCAAGAGAGUAUCAAUAUCAUUACAGCAGUCAGCAAACUGUUUGAUAUUAAAGUUAUACCAGCAGAAAGUUAUGUGAAAAACGAGCGAAGUAUUAGUGAUAAUUUUGAACUUAAUUGUUCAGUAUGCCUAAAAAUAAAUGAUGACUCUAUUCUGAAGCUAGCAACAGAGAGAAUUGAGAAAAAAAGAAUCAAAACGCAAAAGAAGUUACAAGACUUGAUUAAAUCUAUAUCUAACAAAAAGUAUUCAUCGAGUUCUUCAGAAGAGGAAAAGUUGAAAGAUCAAGAGAAGCUCUCACAUCUUCAAGGCGAAUUGAAAAGGAUACCAGUAUCAACGUGAUAAAAACAUUGUUUUUUAUUUUGUAAAAACAUAGAUCUAUAUUGUUGUAAAUAAUUUUUUAAUAAUAAGAGUUU